AAUCAAAAUCGGUGCAUUUCCCUUGUCUUAACGUAACAACUAAAUUUAUAAAGUGCCGAAAAACUGAACAAGAUUGUACGAUUUCAAUAAAUUAUCUUAAAUAGAAUAUCAGAACACAUUGUAUUUCUAGCAGAAAUACAUUUGCGAUCACUGUUUCAAAACGGCAAGACGAUACGGGCAACCCAUCUUCUCCAAGGCCUCCUACUUUGGAAAGGCACAAGGAGCAACCAGCAUUAUGGGAGAAUCUAACAUAGUAUUUUUCUCUCUAAAGGGUACAGAUUUACCAUUAGCAAAGAAUGUUGCAGCGAGGUUGAAUAUUUCACUUGGAGUAAUGGACUGUGGCUUUUUUUCAAAUCAAGAAACUAAGCUUACCAUAUCUUCAUCAGUACGAAACAAAGAUGUAUAUGUCAUGCAAGUAAUUCAAGGAGAACCUAAUGAUUGUAUCAUGGAACUGCUAAUGAUGUGUUAUGCAUUAAAAACAGCGUGCUGCAGAAGAGUAAUAGCUGUUGUGCCAUAUCUUCCUUAUUCAAAGCAGAGUAAGAUGCGAAACAGAGGUGCUAUUCCUGCAAAACUUUUUGCUCAGUUACUAUGCAGAGCAGGUAUGGAUCAUAUGUUAACUUUGGAUUUACAUUCAAAAGAGGUACAAGGUUUUUAUGACUGUCCUGUUGAUAACCUGCGAGCAUCACCUUUUUUAAUUCAAUGCAUUCAAGAAAGAAUUCGUAGAUAUCAAGAAGCAGUUGUUGUUGCAAGACACCCAGGGUGUGCCGCGAGAGCCAAUGCUUUUGCUGAGCGUCUUCAAUUAAACAUAGCUGUCCUACAUGGGGAACACAUACACGAAGACUCUGAUCUUUGUGAUGGUAGGCAGUCACCUCCUGCUAUUCGUAGAAGUAGAUUUACAUCUGAAAGUAGUGCAGAAUGCACAGUUCAUAUAGGUGAUUAUGAAAACUAUGGAAGCGAGCUAAGUACUACAUACCUACUUAAUCUUGAACAUGGGUUGCCUACCAAAGUGAAGAAGCCUUUAGCUAUUGUUGGAGAUGUGCGAAAUAAAAUUGCAAUUAUUGUUGAAGAUAUAGUUGAUGAUGCCACGAUGAUCGUGGAUGCUGCUCUAAUACUUAUCAAUGGCGGUGCUCUCAGCGUUUAUGUUGUCGCAACCCAUGGUCUUUUUUCUGGAAAUUCACUCAAAUUAAUAAUGGAUUCAAAAAUUGAAGAGGUCAUUGUUACAAAUACCUUACCGUUGGAGCACAUUUUAACAAAGUGCCCUAAAAUUCGACAAGUCGAUAUAAGCUCUGUUUUAUCGGAAGCUGUACGUCGCAUUCAUAAUUGCGAAAGUAUGUCUUAUUUAUUCCGAAAUAUUCCACUCGAGGAUUAAGUAUGAAGUCAUACAUUGUCAUAAAUCUGCGAGCAACAUUUAAAGCAAAAACUCUCCUACGUUUUUAUAUAUUUGUUAUAUAGAAUAUGUACCUAAAAAAUUUUAUAUAACGUACGUGUUAAACUGUCUAUUGUAAAUAACAGAUAUCUUUGAGAAUUUCUUGAAAGAUUUUCUGGUUUUUAGCAUAAAAUAUAUAAUACGUUUUUAUUUUUA